UAUGGCUUAGAUUAGUUUAGUUUAGUUUAGUUUAGAGUCGCGUGUGCUUUAGUUUAGUUUGCCAUGCUGAUCCUAACACUGCUACUUGCAGCGCUGCUGCAGCUAAGUUUGGCUGAUGAUGAGCCGCUUGAAUUUGGCAAUCUGAAGCAGCUGGUUAUGCCUGCUGUACACAAUCGUGUCGUUGGCGGCGAGGCAACCACUGUGGAGAAGCUGGGCGGCUAUAUAGUCGCACUCAAAUACCAGAACGAAUUCAUUUGUGGCGGCAGUUUGAUCGCGGAGCGCAUUGUGGUCUCGGCAGCGCAUUGUUUUAUAGGACGUCCCUUGAAGGGCUUAUGGAAUAUAACUGGCGGCAUAACCCGCAUCGACGAGGAGGGCCCAACAGUGGGGAUAAAUGAUUACAUUACGCCUGAAGCCUUCACCGAGAAGGGCAUGCACAUGGAUGUGGUCGUACUGCUGUUGGAGAAAGAGCUUAAGGGUGAGAAUAUUGUCAAAAUACCGCUAUGCCAUACGCCGCUUAAGGAGGGACUCAAGCUCGUCGUGUCCGGCUGGGGCUUGACCGAUCCAGAGGCGCUUAAUCCGCAUCCACGUCUGCGCACUGUAAGCGUGCCCGUCAUCAAGAAAACCAAGUGCAGCGCCACCUACAAAGCAUCAAUACACAUCAGCAAGAGCAUGUUCUGUGCUGGCAUCUUGGGUCAGAAGGAUGCCUGCACCUUUGACUCGGGCGGACCAAUUGUCUACGAGUCGGAUGAGCAGCGGGAACUUUGUGGCAUUGUCUCGUUUGGCAUCAGCUGUGCCAGUCCCAAAUAUCCAGGCGUCUACACCGAUGUCAACUAUAUCAAACCGUUUAUAGAGCAAGCCAUGCGAACUUUGCUGUCAGAGAAGGAGCAAAAGAAAGCAGAAUAAAGCGCAAGGCAGGACAAA